AUGACAGCUAGUUUAACCACCAAGUUCUUGAACAACACCUAUGAAAACCCAUUUAUGAAUGCUUCCGGUGUUCAUUGCAUGACUACACAGGAAUUAGACGAAUUAGCAAACUCUAAAGCAGGUGCCUUCAUUACAAAGAGUGCUACAACCUUAGAAAGAGAAGGUAAUCCUAAGCCACGUUACAUUUCUGUCCCUCUAGGCAGCAUCAACUCCAUGGGUUUACCAAAUGAAGGUAUCGACUACUAUUUGUCCUAUGUAUUAAACCGCCAAAAGGAACAUCCUGAUGCACCCGCAAUUUUCUUUUCCGUUGCUGGUAUGAGCAUUGAUGAAAACUUAAAUUUGUUGAGGAAGAUUCAAGAUAGCGAAUUCAACGGUAUUACCGAGCUAAACUUGUCAUGUCCCAAUGUUCCUGGCAAGCCACAAGUUGCUUACGAUUUUGACUUGACAAAGGAAACAUUGGACAGGGUUUUUGCCUUUUUCAAGAAACCUCUUGGAAUUAAAUUGCCUCCUUAUUUUGAUUUUGCUCAUUUUGAUAUCAUGGCAAAAAUAUUGAAUGAGUUUCCAUUAGCUUAUGUCAACUCUAUCAAUAGUAUAGGAAAUGGCCUUUUCAUUGACGUAGAGAAAGAGAGUGUUGUAGUAAAGCCAAAGAAUGGUUUCGGUGGUAUUGGAGGUGAAUAUGUCAAGCCAACUGCGCUCGCUAAUGUUCGUGCAUUUUACACCCGGUUGAGACCUGAAAUCAAAGUUAUAGGUACAGGUGGAAUAAAAUCCGGUAAAGAUGCAUUUGAACAUCUUCUGUGUGGUGCCUCCAUGCUACAGAUUGGUACAGAAUUGCAAAAAGAGGGCGUCAAGAUUUUCGAACGUAUUGAAAAGGAAUUGAAAGACAUAAUGGAAGCUAAGGGUUACACAUCCAUAGAUCAAUUCCGUGGGAAGUUGAACAGCAUUUAA